CGUACGCCGAUAUGCCCUUUGGUGCUCAACAAAGGGCUUUUCGGAUUCGAGCACAGGUAUAAAGCGUCAAUUCCUCACUGCUAUUGUGCGCUAAUUCGGAUCAACUCCCAUAAUUAUCAUCACUCGAAUUGUCCCCACAACUUCACUGCGAGUCAACUACCGAUUGUGUGCCCGUAUCCAAGACCUCGACUUCCUCGUAACGUCACAUCCGCAACUACGAUCGCAAUGGACGAAUCCACAUAUUCCACGCCGGCGGACAGCACGCUGACCCCGUCGCCCGCUGACACGGUGUCGCACAUACGGCAGGAACCUGCCAUCAACUUCACGGGCGAGCAGAGGAAAUUCCAUCGCCGAGGAUCAGUUGUCGACGAAAAGGCGUCGAUAUGCUCUAGACCGACCCACCAUCCGCACCACACACAUCUCCUCCGUCGUGUUGACAUCCGGCUCGUUCCAAUCCUAUCGCUCCUGUACCUGCUCUGCUUCCUUUGUCGGCAGAACAUUGGCAAUGCCAAGACCUACCACCUGAUGGAAGACCUUCAUAUGUCGGAUAAACACUACACGCUGGCAUUGACCGUCUUCUUCUUUACCUACAGCACGUUCGAUAUCCCGAGCAACAUGCUACUCAAGCUCCUGCGGCCCAACGUGUGGUUGCCGCUUGUGACCCUAGCAUCUGGCAUCGUCACGGUGGGUAUGGGGAUGUCGCAGACAGGCGACGGCCUGAUCAUUGCACGGCUGUUCCUCGGCAUGACGGAGUGCGGGCUCUUCCCCGGAGUCGCAUAUGUCAUCACUCUGUGGUAUCGCAAGAAGGAGGCGCAGUUCCGACAGGCGCUCUUUUUCUGUGCCGCUUCUAUGGCGGGUGCGUUCGCAGGCCUGCUCGCUGUCGGCCUUGCCAAGAUGGACGGUCUCGGCGGACUCGAGGGGUGGCGCUGGAUCAUGAUCGUCGAGGGACUCGUCACCGUCGUCGUGGCUGUCGCCGCGUUCUGGCUUGUACUCGACGUCCCGGCAAGGACGACUUUUCUUUCCGAAGAGGAGAAGGAGCUGCUGCUGCACCGGCUGUCGGUUGACGAGUUCGGCGAAGAGGAAGCGCUGUUGACGCCGGCGGAACAGGAGCGCAUCCACGCCGAGAUCCCUAAGACGUGGCUUUUCAAGCAAGUCCUGACCGACUACCACCUGCCGCUGCACAUCUUCGUCUUCCUAGGGAUCACCUGCCCACUGUACAGCAUCUCCCUCUGUCUUCCCACGAUAAUCAUGGAACUGGGAUACAACAAGACGGAGGCCAACUUCCUGACGGUGCCAAUCUACAUCUCAGCGUGCAUCCUCUCUUUGAUCACCGCCUUCGUCUCUGACCGCAUCGGCAUCCGCGCGCCCUUCCUCGCCGCCUCCUACGUCGUCAUGUUCAUCGGCUUCCUGAUCGCAGCGGUGGCGCCGAAGGCCGCGUACGCGGGCGUGUUCAUCGCGUCGUGCGGACUGUACCCUGCGUUCCCCGGCGCGCUCACCUGGUGCGCCAACAACCUCGCCUCGGCAAAGAAGCGCAGCUUCGCCAUGGCCGUGUACAUCGGCUGCGGCUCGCUCGGGGGCGCCAUGGGCGCGAACUUCUAUCGCAAGGAGGAUCAGCCACGGUUCUUGCUCGGACAUCUGUUGAAUCUGGGCUUCGUCUCGCUGGGAAUGGUGUCCGGUGUCGUGUUGUACUGGCGCUACGUCGUUGAGAAUCGGCAGAGGGACGCGGAGAAGGCGAGGCUGACAGAGGAGAUGGAGAAAGACGCGGAGGAGGGGCAGAGAGUCGGUGGCGAUGAGGAGGAGGGAUGCAGGAGACAUGGGUUCCUCGUCAGGAAGGAGGAGCAGCUGGCGAGGGACGGCGAUCGCAGCGUGUGGUUCACGUAUGUACUGUGAGAUGGCGGUACCUUUUGCUUUCUUUUCAUUUCGGGUUUCGGUUUCAUUCUUGUGUUGGCGUUGGAGCUGGCGUAUCAGGGCGGGGACGAUCGGAUUUUGGGGUACAUAAUAGAGCUGC